AUGGUGAAGAUGACCUUGCCAUCAAGUAUGCUUGCGUUGCGCGCGCCCGCGGCCGUGCGAUACGCAGCGCCGCCAUUGCUGUCACUCUCACGCAGCAUAUUUACAGGUGCUGCUAUCAUGCAAGCGCCGCAGCCAUUCAGGCAGAUACCCAAGGCACAUGUGCUCGCUCAAACUGCGACUCCAAAAACACCACUAGAUGUGGCAAAAUCAUACCCUGACCACCCGCUGAUGCAGUUUUUCCAGAUGGUACCUAUGGAAAUUCCCAAGGAGGGUACGCAAGGACGACAUGCCGACGAGCGCGAAUCAAUCCCUGUUCCGCAUUCGGUGACGGAGUCUGAUCUUAAGCGUGACUUCGGCUCGCGAGCGUGGCUCGCUCCUGAGCUGCGACGAAAGAGCAGUGCAGAUUUGCAUACGCUCUGGUAUGUCCUUCUAUUGGAGCGCAAUAAACUGGCAACGAGUUGGGAAGAAUUGAAGCGGCACCGGGCGGACGGGUCGGCUCACAUGCUUGGGCAGAGUCUUUCGCAUCGUCACCACAGGGUGCGCAAGUCUAUGGCGCGCAUCAAAUAUGUAUUAAAUGAACGUCGAUUGGCAUUGAUGGAGGCGCAGCGUCGCGCUCGCGAAGAUGUCGAGAUCCCUCCCGAGGAUGCAUUUGAUGGAGAUCUGUUUGAAAAGUCGCCAUAUUCUUCGUGA